AGACUUCUCUGUUCCAUCGACUCUCUCCCCUUGACUUGUUUCCCAAUUUUCCAGACCUCCUCGUGAAAAUAUUAAGUCGAAUUAGAGCUGAAAAACAACGAAGCCCUAACUUUUGAUCCCGCUUCUCAAAUCUCGCGGGAGCUUUUCAUUAUCACGUAUUACACUACUACAUUAAAACGCCGUCGUCAGGUGGGAACUUCCGGUUUCGCUAUGUCGUCGACAUCGGCUGCUGCAGCUUCUUCUUCAUCCUCAGCGGCGUCGUCUCAAUUCACCUACACUACCGGCACGUACUUUCCGACUCCGUUUCACCUACAACAGCCGCAAACCUAUGUGGCUGCUGCCGCUGCCGCUUCAAUUCCGCAAUUUCCUGCUCCUCCUCCUGCGGUUCCCCACGUUUAUCCUGCUCCCGCUACCGUGUACUCCCUCCCUCAGUAUCAACAGGCCCAGCAAUUAUUUCAAAGGGAUGCACAAACAAUAACACCUGAAGCGCUAGAGAGUGUGAAAGCUGCGCUUGCAAGUAGUGAGAUUGAGCACAAGGCCGAGACUAAGAAGAAAGCAGUACCUCGUAAGGCAGCAGGGCAGGCAUGGGAGGAUCCUACACUUGCAGAUUGGCCAGAGAAUGAUUCUCGUUUGUUCUGUGGUGAUCUUGGUAAUGAGGUGAAUGAUGAUGUUCUAUCCAAAGCAUUUUCAAGAUUUCCAUCUUUUAACAUGGCCAGGGUUGUAAGAGAUAAGCGGACUGGCAAAACCAAAGGUUAUGGAUUUGUAAGUUUUUCAAACCCUUCAGACCUUGCUGCAGCGCUUAAAGAAAUGAAUGGUAAAUAUGUUGGAAAUCGGCCAAUCAAACUCCGCAAGAGCAAGUGGACAGAGAGAACAAACUUUGCAGCUUUAGAAAAGCAGAAGAGCCAUCCUCAAAAGAAACCCAAGUUGGCGAAGAAGUUUGUGAUGCACAAGUGAGCACACGUGGUGGUAGUGGUUACCUGUUCCUCCCUCCUCCCCCUCUUCUCUUCUCCUCUCUGUGAAAGAGGGUGACAAAGGGGAAAAAGGUUAUCUCAAAUUUGAGAUGUGUUUUUAUCAGGCUAUAAUUUCAAUGUCUGCUGAUGAAUUGCCUUUUUUUGUUUGUUUGUGUUCUCUGUCUAGAAUAGCAAAGAUAGGGCUGCUGUCGGUUCUCCUAGCUAUUGUGUGUUCUUGGAUGGGGAGAACAAUAGAAACAUGUUUAGGCUUGCAUCCCUUUUAAGGACUUGAUAACUUUUGUCCGUGACCAAUGACUGACUGCUGGAUUUGCACAUAAAUUUGUAUCUUGAGUAAAAUUUCGUGGUUAUCUUCAGAAAUAGCGGAGAGAUUUGUUUUA